GAAGGUUCACAUCCUCCACCCUCCCUAUGUACCUGUGAAACAUCGCAGCCUCCUGAUGGAGUACAUCUCUCUGGCCAAGACUAGGCUGGCAGACCUCAAGGAGUCGGUGGAGGACAUGGGUCUGUAUGAGGAUGUUUCUGGUACAGACGGUACACCAGUGCAGCCUCAGUGCCAGGCUGUGCAGGAUGUGGAGAGGGCAGUGAAUCUGUUUGAGAGCACAGGAAGAAUCUCUGCCACCGUCAUGGAGGCCAGUAUUUUCCGCAGACCUUAUUUCCUGACACGAUUCCUCCCCGCUCUGCUGACGCCGAGAGUGCUUCCUGUGAAAGCCGGUGCUCGCAUGGGUUUUAUAGAAGCUUUGAAAAAAGCAGACAAGAUCCCUGCUGCCCAGUAUUCAUCUUAUGUGGAGUCUUGCCAGAGACAGAGACAGCAGGACAGUCGAGUGGUGUGCUUGGACACUAAUGAUGAUCCUCUGGAGGUCCUGGAAGUUCAGCUGCAGAAGUUCACACAGCUGGUUGUUGAUGGAAAUGAUGGAGAGAUGUCAGCUCAGCUGUCCAGGGUCUCGCACACACUGAGUGUCGUCCUGCCUGGUAGUCCUGAUGAGCCGAUUGAACCGACAGUCAUCAAACUUCACAUAGACACUCCUGUGUCCCCUGAACUGCAUGUCAGAGUUGUCGACAUGAUAUUGAGAAACUUCUGCCAGUGUGUGUUAGAUGCUUCCCGAGCAAACCCUCCUAAUAAGCAAAGCCUAUGGGCCUCCAGGUUUGUCAGCGUGCUGCAUGGUAACUCACAGCUGCUCUCCAGCCUUGUACACCGACUCUGGGACCUAUUUCACAACCAGGGGUCAUUCUUGAGUUCUGUCCACUUGCUCGGUCUGGCAGCAUUUGUGGUUCACCUCCAUGCCUCCAUGUCCCACAGUCCUCUGGUUCAGCUCGUCCCCCCCCUUCUGUCCAAACCAGUACCUGUUGGAGAGGUUCUUAGCUUAGCGCUGGACUGCAGCACACAUGCUAACAUGCUCUUCUGUGUCAGGCUGUGUGUGGCAGCAGUGUGUUAUGGGAUCUGUAAAGGAGACUCACUGCCUCCACAACAGCAGCAGGUCUACAUCUUCAGUGGCCUCUAUAAAAAGCUUGUGUACCUCAUCCCAAGGCUGUUGCCUGAAGCCAGAAGAACUCCCAUCUCUGCUGAGGGUUUGGGGGAUGGACACCAGGAGCAGAACCUGCCCGGCCUGUGGAGCAGUGCCACAAACACCAACGGCACCUGGAGGAAGGCUGCUUGGUCUUUGUGGAGGCAUGCUGCUUUCCGCCAGCUAGAACACACAUCACAGUAUCGGUUGUUGUUCUCAGAAUGGCUGGUUAAUGAGUUCAGAGUACAGAGAAGUGAAGAUGCACUGACCGACCCAGAGCGUCAGGAGUACCAGCAGUGGGCCUGCUUGGAGCUGUACUUGCCUCGUCCCGAGGAGCAGGGCGGCUGUGGAGGAGACAUGAAGAGCCUCUGUUCUCAUCUCCUCGGUGCCAUCAUGGACCAGCAGCUAACUAACCAGAGCUUGGACAAGCCAGAUCACAGAGUGCCAGACACAGGGACCUGCCUGCCGGACAUUCUCUCCAGAUUACAGGAGGUUGUCUAUGAGAUGGAGGUGACCGACGGCUGGAAAGGCCGAACUGAUGCGUGUGACUUCCUGUUCGAGCUGCUGUCUCAGAGAUGCUCCUCUGGAGUGAGCUCAGCUGCGCCGAGUGUCAGCUCCGAGCUCAGCCUGCAGCACACAGUGAACACCUGGAACAGAGUGCUGCUAGCGCUCCCAGCAGUGCUGUUCGUUAAGGUGAAGGCUGAAGGAGGGAGGUGCACUCUGGACUGUACCAAGCUAAUAGAACAUAUCAACCAGCAUCAGAGGAAAGUGUGUUCUCCAGCUGGAGUGCUGUCCUGCCAUGUUACUGCACACUUCCUGAGAGGGAUGUUAUGUGCCAGUGCACAGUGCAGCUGCCCCAGGGAAGGAUUCAACCAGGCCUGGUCUGAGAUCAGUCUCUGCUGUCCUCUGCUGCUGACCUCCACAGUGCACUGGUGGGAGCAUCUGUCUCCAGUCCUGUUGACACUGUGGAGUCGUCUGUGUGAUGAAGAGCCUCUGCCAGAGCAUCUGCAGCUCCUCACUGAGGCUCUGCACUGGGCGCACAGUCUAGACAAGGCCCUGUUGUCACCUCCAGCUCCAGCUCUGCUCUUGGCUGCCAGCCUGCACUGCGCCUGGCGAGAUUGCAGAGGGGACAGCCGGGGCUUCGGGGCUGUGCUGACCAUACUGAGGCCUGAGGGACCCACAGAGUACCGACAGGUGCUCGUUUUCCUGCUUUUCCUGGGUGUAAAUGACUAUCUGUCAGCGCUCCUGUAUCCUCAGGAAAGAAGCUGCCACAAAGCCAGGGCUUUCUGCACAGAGCUCCUGUCUGUGCUGCUGGACUCUGCUGACUGGCUGCUCAUCUUUCAGUCCAACAAACAAGGUGUUUAUCAGUCGGUUACCAUGGUGACGUCAGAUGAGUUUACUCGACUAAUGCCGUGGGCUUUCUACAACCUGCUGCUCCAGCAGAGUGCCGAGCUGCUGCACAGAGCUGUUUGUUGUCCAGGGUUCCUUCAUACUGCCGUCCUCUGCUACAUCAGUCUGCUGCAGCUCUUCCUGGACGGACACACACCUGCACUGACCGCUGACUCCUCUGAACAGCAGGUGGAGCCUUCUCAAAUUCUGAGUGCCACCAAGCAGUUUCUUCUCAGGGUGAUCUCCCAGUCGUCUCCUACUGCCCUGUCCUCCAGCCAGCUCAGAGAGCUGGAGACCCAGUGUGCAGACCUGGACCCAGAGGUGACAACAGCUCUCUCUGUGCACCUCGACCCUCAUAGCCUCAGCCCGGAGAUGGACUUCCUCUGAUGUUCAGGCAGAGAAAGUGGCUGAAGUGAACGGAGACGUCUGUUAUAAUGCACUUGUUGGCGGUAGUGGGACCCGAUGGUUUACAUUUACCAGAAACAUGUUCCUGUAUCAAACAGUGCUGUUCAGAUGUUACUGGGCAAGUCAGACAGGGGUACUGUUAAUAAAAAGUCUAUUUUAUUUACAUGUUUAUAUAUAACGCACACUGGACUUAUUACACAUGUACAUCUGAAGCCCUUGUCACUAUUUACAACAGAGAUAAAUUCUUAAAGCGGUACUUAGCAUUGUCAUAACUUAACAGAUGGUGACCUAAUGCAACUCAAGUGCAUGUUCUUUUUAAUUAAUUGCACUGAGGAGACCCAUACACGUCCUUUACAUGUGUGUAGGUAACAAGAACAUCACAUUGCAGUACUGCAUUUAUGUGUGUUACGCAGUCUGUUUUAUGCGGCUGCUCCUGUGCACAGCUGUCAAAUAAAAACAUCUGUGCGGACGCAUACAUAGGUGAAAUCCUCUUUCUAUCGGACAUGUGACAGAGGCACCAGGCGUGGCUGCUCUCUCUCCAGUCUAUAAUUCUUACUGUUUAUGGUAGCCUUUCAGUAUAUUUACACUCCAGGUACCCACUGAAAUGUUUCCUUGUUAGUGGCACAGCCCACCAUUCUUGCACUGGACUGAAUUUGCUUACAUGGAAAUACGGUAUUGACAGGAAACAUGACAAGGAAGCAGGUUUCAUUGUUUACUGUGCACUCUCUGACCUAUCAGAGCCGUAUUAAGUUGCUGCUGAUCUAAAUCCUACAUUGCCUAUUGCUCAUGCUUCACAUGAAAAAUGUCCAAAGCAGGAAACCUGGGAUGGCUUUUAUUGUGAAGCAGCCACAGGAACCAGUCCACAUGCAUCCACAAAACAUUGAGGCAUUUUUGGACAGCAGAUCAGUUUUUAAAUUUGCACAGGGUAACUAUUUAUUUACCAGGUAAAAGCCUCAUUGAGAUUAAAAAGUCUUUCAACAGUGACAUGAAAGAGCCAGGAGCAGCCACAGCGAGCUGUCGGCUGAUGAGCUGCAGGAGACCGGCUGCACAGCUCCAGCGCCUCUGCAAAGUAACAAACUUUCUCAUAACCUGCUGUUGUGCUGACAUCUACUUUCACCACGUGCAACAUGAAACUAUAUUGAUUAGCAUUUUUAUUAAAAGUUAGUUUGGCUCUGUAAAACGACGGCCUGCCCCUCUUCUGUUUGU